UUUUCCUCAUUCAAUAACUCAAAAGUUCAAACUCUCGUUGUCUCCUUAUCUCCUUUGUGUUUCUCUUGUACUUGGAGACUUCUGUCCGAAAAAAUGGCGUUUCCUCUUGUAAUUGUUAUCAAUGUGCUUCUUACAAUGUCUCCUAUUGCUUACGUUGAUGGAUCUCCUCCUUCGCCCGGGUACUUCCCGAGUUCUCGGAUCUCUUCCUCGCCCUUCGAACGUGUUUUCCGAAGCCUAUGGGGUUCGCAACACCAACGGGUCGAGCAGAAUACUAUCACCCUUUGGCUCGAUAGAUCUUCCGGAAGUGGGUUCAAAUCACUUCGACCGUACAAGUCGGGCUACUUCGGUGCAUCCAUAAAGCUCCAACCCGGUUAUACAGCGGGAGUCGAUACAUCGUUAUAUCUCUCUAACAACGAGGAUCAUCCCCGAGACCACGACGAGGUCGACAUCGAGUUCCUCGGGACAACGCCCGGAAAGCCGUACACGCUUCAAACGAACGUUUUCUUUAGAGGAAGUGGCGACGGAAACGUUAUAGGAAGAGAAAUGAAAUUUAAUUUGUGGUUCGACCCUACUCAAGAUUUUCACAACUACGCAAUAUUAUGGAACCCUAGCGAAAUCAUAUUCUUUGUGGACGACGUGCCGAUAAGAAGGUACGAGAGAAAGAGCGAGGCGACGUUUCCGACGAGGCCGAUGUGGGUGUACGGAUCGAUAUGGGAUGCGUCGGAUUGGGCCACGGAGAAUGGAAGGAUCAAGGCAGAUUACAGGUACCAACCUUUUGUCGCCAAAUACAAGGACUUCAAGAUAGCCGGGUGCACGGCCGAUGGCUCGUGCCGCCCGCCUUCCGCCGCGCCCUCCGGCUCGGGAGGACUGAGCCAGCAGCAGGCGGCCGCGAUGGCUUUUGUCCAGAGGAACUACAUGGUCUACAAUUAUUGCCAUGACCCCAAGAGGGACCAUACCCAAACACCAGAGUGCUGAUACCAUAUACAAACUUCUUUCAUCCAAUACAAAAGUAACACAUGGGCUAUACAUACAUAUGUAUGUAUGUAUGUAUGUCUGUAUAUGUGUGUGUGUAUGUAUGUAUAUGUUGGUGUGAGAGUGGGGGCAUUGAGAUGGGUCCACUUGCAAAAGAGCAGUUGAGCGUCCAAGCCCUUUUUUUUCCUUUUGUUGUUUUGCUCAUCGUUUGGUUAUUUUUGUAAUUGUGGCAAAUUGGGUGUUUUUUUGCCAAUUUAAAUUAAAUAAAAAUGUCUCUCCUCAUAGUUUUGAUGUA